GUGGGAUACUAAAAAAGGUCAAUGUUCCUCCACUAUCCCACUUAGGUAAAUGCAGAUGAGCACUAGUUGGUUUGUGAAAUUUCUAUCCCAAUACCAGCAUGUUUUUAGAGAAAAAAGAGGACAUAUUCACAUAGUGCUAUCUAAACCAGUGAGUGGAACAAUUCUUCAAUCCAGAUAUUAAGAUGAGCACAGAUGGUGUGGAACACUCAAAGGCUCACCAUGAACAAGCAGACAUUGAACAAAGACAAAUUAAAACAGAGAACCUCAACGACUCUCUCCAUGCACACAAAACAUGUCACCCGGCACAAGGAUCCCCAAUACCUGGAGUCCAAGCAAGCCAGCUGUCAGUGGAGCUCCCCUCCCUCCACACCAUGCCGCAGCUGGUGCUUAUGUCAGGCUCUCACCACCUCUCAUCCCCCUCCUCCUUCCUCCUCUCUCAGACACAACAUACGGGGCAUCAAGCACUUCUGCAGCAGAACCUGCACAACUUUCCCACCCAGAGCCAGUCAGGUCUCCUCCAGCAUCAGCCUGGGUUAGCACUAACACCUCAGGCCAUGAGUCGGUCGGGCCUGACGUCGUCGUCCAUGGAAGGACACGUGGACAUGUCCCACCUGCAGGUCCCCAAACACAUCGGGGCCCUCCAGCAGGACGAUCCCAGCGACCUAGAGGAGCUUGAACAGUUUGCCAAGGCCUUCAAACAGAGACGCAUCAAACUGGGCUUCACCCAGGGUGAUGUAGGCCUGGAUAUGGGGAAACUGUAUGGGAAUGACUUCAGUCAGACUACCAUCUCCCGCUUCGAGGCACUCAACCUGAGCUUCAAAAAUAUGUGCAAGUUGAAGCCGCUACUGGAGAAGUGGCUGAGCGACGCAGAGAAUUCUCCCUCUGACUCUAUGGCCAACGUUGCCUCUCUACCCCCCCUGAUGGAAGGCUAUGGAAGGAAAAGGAAAAAGAGAACAAGCAUUGAAACCAACAUCAAGUUCACCCUGGAGAAACGCUUUCUUGACAACCCCAAGCCUAACUCGGAGGAGAUCACGCUGAUUUCAGAGCAGCUGUCUAUGGAGAAGGAGGUGGUGCGGGUGUGGUUCUGUAACCGUAGACAGAAGGAAAAGAGGAUCUACUGCCCUGUGUCCCCCUCACCCAUGAAAUCACAUAACUUCAACCCCAGAAUGGCCUCCACGUCCAGAUCAUACAGCCCUCUUGCUUCAGGAGGAGUGUCAUCGAGUCCCUCUCCUAAUAGUCCUAGUCAUGGGCCUUCGCUCGGCACACUCUCGUCUGGCUCCCCUGCUUUGACCUCCCAGGUCAACCAAUCCUUCAGCUCACCAGGGUCGUGGUAUCGCACAUGGAACCCUAUGCCCUAUCACCACUGAGAAAUCCUGCCUGUUGUGGAAGAGAACUAAAACUACCGAUGUCAAUGAAGGGAAACAGAAAUGGAUACAAUCCAUCAAACACACAUAUUGUCAAAUGUCAUAUACAAUACUUGGUCCCGCUUUAAAUUAUGUUAAAAUUAUAGAAGCUUCAUGAUGCCUUCAUAAGCACUACAUAAAUGUGUUGCAAAGUAUCUUUAACUGUAUUUCAUGGUUUAUAAAGGGUUCAUAAAUGUGGCCUAACUAUGUGACAUAAUCACCAAUGUCAGCUGCCAUAACCCGCUAUGUCGAAUAUGAUAUAAACAUGUGCUUUAUAAAAGGGUGACAUGUUGUGCUGAAGCAUGGCAUAAGGCUCUAAAGUGAUGUCAUGUUAGUCACAUUACUCCUAACCUCAAACACUUCUGCCCAAAUGCGCAGAAGGUCUGGUGGACCAACACAUUAAACUUGGCCUUCAUAAGUUAGGGUUAGGUUUAAAAUCACAUUUUUGUUCUGUGAAGGGAGUAGUACACAGCGUUGUACGAGAUCCUCAGUUUCUUGGCAAUUUAUCGUAUGGAAUAGCCUUCAUUUCUCAGAACAAGAAUAGACUGACGAGUUUCAGAAGAAAGAUCUAUGUUUCUGGCCAUUUUGAGCCUGUAAUCAAACCCACAAAUGCUGAUGCUCCAGAUACUCAACUAGUCUAAGAGGCCAGUUUUAUUACUUCUUUAAUCAGAACAACAGUUUUCAGGUGUGCUAACAUAAUUGCAAAAGGGUUUUCUAAUGAUUAAUUAGCCUUUUAAAAUUAUAAACUUGGAUUAGCUAACACAACGUGCCAUUGGAACACAUGAGUGAUGGUUGCUGAUGGGCCUCUUUACGCCUUCCAGCUACAAUAGUCAUUUACAACAUUAACAAUGUCCACACUGUAUUUCUGAUCAAUUUGAUGUUAUUUUAGUGAACCAAAAAUGUUAGAUUUCUUUCAAAAACAAGGACAUUUCUAAAUGACCCCAAACUUUUGAACGGUAGUGUAUGUGCUUACUGCACUACAGAAAAUCUGCUCACCAAAGAACAGUGCAGGGCAUGCUCACUGAAAUAAAGGGCAACUACACACAAAAAAAACGACAUUUCUUAGAUUUUUCCUAGACCUCAAAAGUCGUCCCCUGAUGUGGUUUAAGCAUUGUUGUGAACACAGAAAAUAUUUUUUUUUCGUUUUUUCUAUUUGAAAACCUGGGAUAAACCAGAAAAAAAUGGGGAAAUCCGAAACCUGGAAAAACAAAACGGUAUUCGAGUUAAAGACUGAAGUAGGCAAACAUUUUUAAAUGGCCUUUAUUAAAUAAAGGUUCAAAAAAAUUAAAAUGUAUUUGACCACGGGAAAAUGCAUGUAGCCUAUACAGUUGUAUAUGUUGGAUUCAGUUGAGCUGCCCAUGAACAUUGUUUUGUUUAGUAACACUUUACUUGACACCCAGCGUCAUAAUAAGUUAUGACACAGUCAUAACCAUAUCGUAAUAUGUCAUAACACCUGACAUAACAUGGUCUUAACACUUGUCAUGACCCAUAUAUUUACACCUGUUGUGGCAUAUAUUGCGUUAUUUUAUGGCUGGUUAUGACACCUAUUCAAAAUGUUUUGUCCCUGCCAAGAAGUUUCCUUUCAUUUGAAAGUUUGUCCUUCGUCCUUUAUUUUUGUUAGGAAUUCUUUACAGUCAUGUUUCCCCCCCAUCUUAUUUUAAAUAACUAUUUUAAAUCAUUUUCUAUCAUUUUCUACUAACUAGAAAAUAUACUUUUUGACACAGUCAUAAACCAUUAUAACCACCCUGUGUCACAUGGACUAAGAAAAUACACUUAUGACACUGUCAAGAAACAUUAUGACUAUACUGUGUCACUUUACUUGGACUAAGAAAAUACACUUUAUGACACUACCAAGAAGCAGUAUGACCAUCAUAAUUAUAUAAGCAAGAUAGGCCUAUCACAUACAUGCCCUUACAUCUGUCAUCAGUCAAAAAUAGUCUUCUCGUGCUCCUGAAAUCUGUUUCUGUGUUCAUCCCAGUCAUUAGAAACAGAGCAUUGGGGUAGGUGCAUGUUUGACAUCAAUGUGUGCACAGUUACAAUGCUAAUUUAAUAUGGUACAUUUCAGAAAAUGUUAUAUAACACAAACAAGUAGGCUGUGGUGUAAUGGAAUGUUUUGCCUGGUGUGGUAGUUUUGUGGGUUUUGACACUCUUAUGUAGGUGUCAUAACCAGCCAUAAAAUAACGUAAUAUAUUUCACAACAGGUCUAAAUUUGUGUCAUGACAGUGUUGUGAUCCUAUUAUGACAAGUUAUGUCAGCUGUUAUGACAUAUCAUGACAUGGUUAUGAUCAUGUCAUCAUGUGUUAUGACCCUGGGUGUCAAGUAAAGUGUUAUCGUAUUGGGUACAGUGAGGUUAAUUUGGAUAUUUUCUUUGUUAUUCAUCAGGGGUUCAGGUGUGACAAUAAUUGUGUGAAGGUGUACAUAGUAAAAUACAGCAAUCUUACAUAAUGAUGUUGUCUAUUGUUUGUAUUUGUAUAUAUAAUGUUUGCAAAUAUAUUUAGGUUGUGAAAUUAUUAAAUAUUAGAGGGGCCAGAACUUUAGAAAAAUGAAAUGAUUAACAUAAAAAAAAUCAGCACUAGUAUUUUUUAAGGAAUGUUUCAGAAGUACAUCACACUUUAAAAUCUGCAAUGUGUUUCAGUGUGAUCUAUCAAUGGUCCAAUUCAUACAUUGUUACAGUUUAUUACUUUCAUUAAACACACUUUGUUACAUUGUA